AGAUUUGUCUCUGACAGCACUUCCCUGGCUGUCUCCCUGGCACAGCUACCAGCCGAUGAGGCUUUAAUCUGAUUAACUGUGGGAUAUUUACAGCUCUAAGUACUGAGUUAUCGAGGCUCAUCUUGUUUUUGUUGCACAGGUCUACUCACACAGAGAGAUGAGCAAAGAGGGAGAGACAGGGAGAUUUGUAUAAGAAGGUAAAUGUUAAAUGCUGUAUGCCUUGUUGUUGGGGUGUCCGUAUACUGAAGUGAAAGCUCUGACAAAACACCAUGCCUCCUCCUGUUAGGUAAAGAGCUGAAUUCGCCCAGCCAGAUGCACAGAUGUGUUAUUGCACCACUGAGAUGGACUUUGUUGCUCUGUGGCCAUUAGCCAAGGCUGCCCACAGACUGACUCUCUCUUCCUCCGUCCUGAUCCUCCCACAUGUCAUCUGCUGCAUCUCUGGACUGCAUCUCUCAUUCCACUUCUCAUCUCACCCACAAACAACACACAACAAAACAAGUGGCGUAGUUUUUAUCCUCCGUUCCGCUGACAUCUAUGAAAACACUGAACCCACAGUGUGUUGUUUGAUGCUUUUUGAUUAUUCCCUGCAGAAAUAUAUUUUCAGAACGUUCGCCGUGUGUUUACAGAAGAUGUCCUGAACACUUCAUUAUUAGUUUUCCAGUGCGGCUUUCCUGAAGCCAAACUCUCAGCUGAUUCACCCUGACCACCCAGUUUAUUCCCACACUUAAUUCUAGCCGGACUCGUGUGUGUGCUUUCCGUUUCCACCUGCCCACAAAUCACUCUCAUAUAUCACCGGUGGACAAGGCGAUACACUCCGCUGCACAAAAACUUCCCAGUGUGCACAUACGCAAUAAGCAGAGGCAGGCAGAAAGAGAAAGGGCAGAGGGAAGUGGAUGAAGAUUUUUAUUUUCCCUGGAAUGAUAAGUUAUCCUGUCGGUACAGAAUUUCACAGAAGUGUACCAGCUUUGGUUUUAGACAAAUUAUAAUGAAUAGAUAUUACCAGAGGAACUUGGUGGUCCAUAAAGGGAUUAAAUUCUUCCUAUACAGACUCAAAAUGUUAGUAGUUCUCUGUGUUCAGGGUUAAUUCGCCUGAUUAUUUUCCUCAUCUGAACUGCAGCUUUUGCUGUGCCAGUCCUGUGUGACUUAUCAUACAAUGACUGAAAUUGCUAAAAUUGAUAGAAAAAGACACAUUAGACUCCCAGACUGUCUUAGAAGUCGAGACAAAUUCAGAGAUAAUACGUUUUAAAAGGUUCAGUAUUUUCACUGCUUAUUUGAAUCAUGGUAGCAAGCAAGAACAUGUGAUGUAAAAUCGGUGUUUUGGUUACACUGUGCGGCGAUCCAAACAGCUUAUUGACCGGUGCCUUGUGAAAGAAAGUUGAGUCAUAACUUUAAAAAAAGAAAAGCGUCUUUUUCCACUGUGGGCGGUGGAGCCACAGAGCGCACACUGGAUUUCACUGACACACUUUAAACCCGCUUCAAACUAGAACCAAACUCAAAGCUGCCAAAUCCUUCUUAUGUCCAUUUCUUCCAAAUAGCUUUGGGCCACGCACGGCCAUUUUGUUUGAUUUUUAGAAGGACCUUGGAGCCCCAUGGGAUGGUAAACACACACACACACACACACAAAUGUGUGCACUGCAGUGGACUCACAACAAUAAAUCCCUGAGAAAAAUAACACCUGAGUACAUUAUCUCAGUUACUGUAUGUCUGGUAAAUGUCAGCGGGAUGUUUCUGAAAUCGUUGCCAACGCCCCUGGGAUGCUUCUCAAGGACCUCUGGAGGUUCCUGGAGCUUUGACAGCACUGUCGCUCUCCUGUGCUUGCGCGCAACUACACGCAGAUUAGAAACACACACACACACACACACACACACACACACACAGGCACGCACCCGCCUCCUCAGAAACGGCUCCCGGUUGGUCCAUCAGUCGGUCAGUCUUUAUCCUCCCUUGUGCUGCUGGUGGUGUGUGAAUCCGGAGCUGUUAGGACGCCGACGACAAUGAUGAUGAGAAUGAAGACAACACAGAGAGAGAAGCUCAAACACAUCACCGCUGUCGUUCCCAAAUUGCCAAGAGUGGGCUUUAUUUUCACUGCGCGGAUCCUUAACAACUUCUGCGGUUAAUAAACGGCGGCUAUUUUUGGACUGUCAGUGGAUAUUUCGUCUUUGUCUAUAAAUGGAGGUGCCUCAAAGGGAAAAUCUGAGUUGAGGUAUUUCACGGGGUGUGUGGGACGUUGAACGGUCCCUUGGUGUUGCGUAAAGCGCUCGGGCUGCCAGUUUUGGAGAGUUGGGAAACGGAGUGCUCUUGUUUGAAUAGGAUGAACAACUCAAAGAAUCAGAAGGACAGCGACAUCCAGAAGAAGAUUGACCAUGAGAUCCGAAUGCGCGACGGGGCCUGCAAGCUGCUGGCCGCCUGCUCUCAGAAAGACCAGGCGUUAGAGGCAGCGAAGAGCCUUCAGACCUGUAGCACUCGCAUCAUGGCCUACAUGUCGGAGCUGCAGAGGAUGAAGGAGGCUCAGGUCAUGCAGAAGGUCACACGGAGGUCGUCAGAUGCAGGGCCGAUGGAUGACAGACUCCCGUGCAAAGGAAAAGUGGCCAUCUCAGACCUUCGCAUCCCUCUCAUGUGGAAAGACACAGAGUACUUCAAGAACAAAGGAGAGCUUCACCGAUGUGCAGUGUUCUGCCUGCUGCAGCUCGGGGGAGAGAUCUUCGACACAGACAUGGUGAUAGUGGACCGCACUCUAACCGAUAUCUGCUUUGACAACACCAUCAUAUUCAAUGAAGCGAGCCCUGGUUUUGAGCUGCGUGUUGAGCUGUACAGUUGCUGCUCGGAGGACGACUACACAGCAGGGAGCACGCCAAGGAAGCUAGCCAGUAAACUGAGCUCCUCACUGGGGCGAUCAGCCGGGAAGAAGCUCCGGGCAGCCAUGGAACCCGGACCGUGUAGUCCUGUUAGCAACGGAGGGGCAGCUCCUCUUCUGCUGCCAGUUCCCUCUGUGCCGGGCCCCAAGUACCACCUCUUAGCUCAUACCACCCUGUCGCUGUCACAUAUCCAGGACAGCUUUCGCACACAUGACCUCACCAUCUCAGGCAAUGAAGAGUGCUCUUAUUGGCUGCCACUGUAUGGCAGCAUGUGUUGCCGUCUCGCAGCUCAGCCUCACUGUAUGACCCAACAGAUGAUGAGUGGAUGUUUGAAAGUUAAGCACUUGGCUGGUGACCCUCAGAGUUGGACACAGGUGUAUGCUGUUCUAAAAGGAACAAGUCUUUACUGCUACCAUCGGCAAGAAGAUCUGGAGGCCAACGUUGAGCCAGCUUUCACCAUUGCAAUCAACAAGGAGACCAGAAUACGUGCAUCAGAGAAAGACCCUCACAGUAAAGUUCAACAUAUUUGCAUCAGUAAUCAGUACGGAGGCGAGGAGGUCACACACACACUGACCACGGACAGUCGCGAGGACACACACCGGUGGAUGGAGGCUUUUUGGCAACAUUUCUACGACAUGAGCCAGUGGAAGCAGUGCUGCGAUGACUUAAUGAAAAUCGAACUGCCGUCGCCAAGGAAACCGGCUCCUGUCACACCAAAACAAGGCUCGCUCUAUCACGAAAUGGUUAUUGAAUCAUCUGAUGACCUCAGUAGCACCGUGUCAGACAUCCUGGCUCGGAGGAUGCAGGAGCUGGAGCUCCGCAGCCAGCUGGGCACCUCCCCCACCUGGAUGUCUAUGUUUGACGAGAGUAACCCAAAAAGCGCUGGCCGCUCCCGUCCUUUUACCUCUCGCCUUUCUGGCCACAGCCCCUGCACCCCUCAUCGACUGCCCCGCAGCCCUGUGAGCCCUCACCGCUGCCCACAGCUGGGUCUGCUGUCCUCAGAUGCAAGCCUGACCUCAGACAGCGACAGCCACUGCAGCACCAGUCCCUGCUCCCAACGCCACGGCUGGCCCGAGCCUUCUUCAAACUUCUCUCCCUCGUCGUCUUCCCCCUCGCGUCUGAGGCCACGCACUCUGUCGCUGGAUGCGAAGCUCAGCACACUUCGAGGGAGGGGGUACGGAGGAGGAGGGACUUUCCAGUGCCCCUGCCAGCCUCCUUCCUCCUCGCUGCUCGCCCCUCUCCCCAUCUCCUCCCGUUCACCUCGGUCACAGCACAGCACACAGACCACGCUCUCCUGCUCCAGCUCCACCUCCAGCAACAGCUCCAGCAACAGUGAGGGCAGCCACAGCCCCGAGUCAUCUGAGGGGGCCCCCUUCUCUAGGCCCUCCCCAGCUCGACGCAGCCUCAGGAACCUCAGAGCCAGGCUUGAUCCUCGCAACUGGCUCCAGAGUCAGGUGUGAGCCCACCCUGCCUGCCUGAAACUUUGUGCUGGCCAAAAAACACCAGUGCUCAUUAAACCAUGAUUUAACUGGCUUAAUAUAUGUGAACAAACCUCAGGCAAACUGCUAGGCAACAUGCACAGCUCUGAGGAGGAGAAGCUGCCUCUAGCCUGCCUCCUGGUGGAGGAUGAAUCAUGGAAGACCCCCCCCCUUCCGGGGCUAACUGGAAUGUCUUCUAACACAAAAGACAGGUGACAAUCACUGCAGGCGACUCUGCACUUUGCUGGGUUGCCACAGUUUUGAAGCUGGUCCAAAACUAAAUGGGAGGUACUCUGCUUGCUUUGAGAAAACUUGCUGCUUGGGAGAAAGUGAUGCUAAAGAGCAAAAGGACUUAUAAAGAACUGAUAAACAUGUCACACUUUGCCUACUGUCUGUCCUUAGAUUGAAAUAGGUAAGUUUUUUGUUUUGUCGUCUUCAGCAAAUGUCUCGUCCACUCAAACAUAAUUUCAAGGUCAUCUCUUAAUGCACUAGCAGUAUUUUGACUGGAUGUGUCCUGUCUGUAUUUUAGAAAUUAUGGUUUGCAGUGUUAAUGCUAUGAAAGCCAGCGAGCAUGUGGCAAGAUGAACAUAAGGUAUUUUCAAAGAGGUUUCAAAUGUCAGAAACUGUCAAGUGUGGAGGGGAAAGGUUGGUUUCUGUUGCCUGCAAUGUGAUCUACUUUAGUGUACAUAUCUAAUUAUUCAUACAGCAGAUGAUCUUUGUGGUUCUCCUAAAAUUACUAUGCAUUACUACGCUUUUUUUUUUUUUUUUUUUUGCAUGAUUUGACUUACAGUUAAAAUGGUGAACUACUUGAGAUCAUUUCAAUAAUGAAUCUGGUGAAAAUUUAACUUUAUGCAAGUGCUCACACUUACUGUAGUGGUUAUUACUGUGAUCUCUUCAGGGCAAAAAUCUGCGCUCCGGAUUUAAUUUUUACACAUUUAUCUGCAAACUAUUGACAGGCUGUUGUCAGAACUGGGUAAUAGAGCCAUACAUACAUUGAAAAUAAUCCUAGAAUAAACUGAAAUUAACCAAAGCUUAAGUUAUUAUUGAAAACCCAAGCCAUAGUUAGAGUUCUGCUUCACUGCCUCACUACAGUAUUGUGGGAUACUAAGAAGAGUGGUUCCUGAUUAUGGAAUUUCCAAAAAAAUGUGAAACGUCCACCAAUCCAACACAGUGAUAUCCUUUAAUUAAAUUAUUGAUUGUUUCAUAGUGGUUGCAUUCCAGGCAUCUUUCUACAAAACCCCAGUCAACCAUCAGGUCACGAUAAUAAGAGCAGGAUCAAAAUUCUUUACAAUGUCGCCUGAUUUUAUAUUUUUAAUUAUGUAAGUUAUUGUCAUUGAGACAGCUCUUACCACCUGACUGAAGGUGUCCGUGUGAAAACAAAUCUUUUAGGAGGGUGUGCGUCUGUCAGUGCAGUAAAGCUUCUUCUUCUUCUCUGUCUUUGUUGUUUACUGUGGAUUUUACUUCGGUAACGUCGGUUUCUCUCUUGGGGCUCAGAAGUCGGGCAACCAUUUCUACUAAGAAUUAAAACUGUCAGAUGUUUAAAGGAACAAGCAUUUGUUACUGUAAAUUAAUUUUUAUAAGUUAACAAAUAAACCUCUAUUCUUUGUCUUUUGUUACAUUAUUGAUUUUGUUAUAAAUGCAGCUAUAUUGAUACCUGAUUCUCGUUACGUUAACAGAUGAUGUGCAGAUAUUUAACUGUUACGAUUAGAUAACAUUGAAUGUUAUACCCUUGCAAGAGUUUCCCGUGUUAGCAGGCUUCCUGUUCUGCAUGUGCACCAUCCUAAAAAGCAAACAUAAAAUGAGAAAUGUGGAAAUCUCAUGUUUAAAUAAUAUAACAUUAAAUAUAAUAAAUGUUU